CCGCAACGACGUACGCGCUAUGGCAGAGGCGGUGUGUAAAUUAUUCGAGCGGCGUGGAGUGGGCGUCAAGCUCACAGCUAAGGCUGCCUAUAGAGAGCCUCUACUUAACUCACAUGAGAAGGCUGUUGCCGCUGCUGAUGAGGGGAACAACAACAGCAGCAGCAGCAGCAGCAGCAUACCACCAUUGAGAGGGGCUUAG